AACUGCACUCAUCCCCCUCAUAAAGAGCCAGCUGAGGGUCUCCAGACUUCAGAUCCACACAGGCACCUCUAGGGGUGGGAGCCCAAGAGACACAGCUUCAAUUUACUUCUCCAAGGAUUCAACAUGAAGAAGGUCUACAUUCUUUUCCUUCUCGCAGGCAUAUUCGCCACCAGCCGCUCUCAAGAUGUUGCAGAGGAGGUUCCCACAACUGAGACAGAAGAGGAAGAGGAUCCCUUCUACAAAAGUGCAGUUAACCGUCUUUCUUCUUCUGCAUCCAACUUUGGAUAUGAUCUUUACCGUGAACUAGCAAACAAGAAUCCCUCCAGCAACAUAUUAAUGUCCCCCCUCACCAUUGCCACUGCUCUUUCCAGCCUUUCUUUGGGAACUGGCCAAAGGACUGAAUCUUCCAUUCAUCGGGCUCUGUACUAUGACCUGCUUAAUGAUCCUGAUCUCCACAGCACAUACAAGGAGUUACUCACCAGCCUUUCUUCACCAGAAAAAGGAGUCAAAACUGCAUCUAGGAUUAUUCUUGAGAGAAGACUCAGGCUAAGGCUGGAAUUUAUGAAUCAAGUGGAAAAGUUCUAUGGUAAUAAGCCCAGGGUUCUGUCCGGAAGUACUCGCCUAGACCUUCAAGAAGCCAAUGACUUUGUACAGAAACAAACAGGGGGCAAUGUGGUAAAGUUUUUUAAGGAAAUUCCAAGCAGUGUUAGUAUCCUUCUACUGGGAGCUGCAUAUUACAAAGGUCAAUGGGUUCACAAAUUCAACCCUCUGGAAACCGUUGUCCGCCAGUUCCACAAAGAUGAGCAGACAUCCGUCUUAGUUCCAAUGAUGUCAGCCAAGAAUGUUCCAGUUAGAUAUGGCCUGGACUCAGAUUUUAACUGCAAGAUAGUUCAGCUGCCACUUACUGGAGGAGUUAGCGUCAUGUUUUUUCUGCCAAUCACAGUCACCCAGAAUCUGACCAUGAUUGAAGAAGGUUUAACAUCUGAGUUUGUACAUGAUAUUGAUCGUGCGCUGCAACCAGUCACUCUAGAGCUACGCAUUCCUAAACUGAAGCUGAGCUACGAGACUGAGCUUAUGAGCACACUAAAGGAUAUGAAGCUUCAGUCUCUCUUCUCAUCUCCUGACUUCAGCAAAAUCAGUUCUAAAUCAAUAAAGCUGACACACAUAUUCCACAAAGCUUCCCUGGAGCUGAAUGAGAGUGGAGCAGAUAAUGCACCCACACCAGAGGCCAACACACGCCACUUCCCAAUAGAAUAUCACAUGGACCGCCCCUUCCUCUUUGUCAUCCGGGCUGAUGACAAUGGUGCUCUUCUCUUCAUUGGAAAAGUUAUGGACCCUAAGUGACAAUCCCACUAAUUGCAAUAUAUUGAAAUUCUUCAUUUAAUUUUUGGCAUUGAUAGAAGUAAUGUACAAUUAUAUUGCAGUGCUUUUCAGGUUCCUUCAGCAGCCAAGAUGUUACACAGACAGAUGCAGAUACACAAAUAAGACCUACACAGUGAUCCUGUUUAUCCACCUGCCUUUCAAUAAGGUCUCCAAUAUUAUACAAAUUUACUUCAAAUAGGCCGUUUUUCUGACAGUGUUCCAAAAGUUAUAUGAUGCUGUUUUACUUUAUUGGUAAAUGAGGACAAAAUGUAAUAUAUGUGCUAAAUGUUUAAAGACUUCAAAAAGCUUCCCCUUGUAAUCGCUGCUAACUUACAGCUGCCAUUAUGCAGAUAGACAAACAAGACAGUCAAGGACAUAAGCUAAGAAAAUGAGUUGUCAAUACUGUACUUUAUACCAAUCAAUCAACAGCUUUAUAGACUUCCAGCUACACUGGCAUUUUUCACGUUGGAUCUAUGUGUCAGUUAGCAUUUGGAAAAAGAUUAAUCUUGCAAAAGAAAAUCCCACUAUGCUUUGUCAUUCCAUAUGUCUGAUGCAUCAGCGGCUUAAUACCUUGGCUGCCAGGAGAGCUGUAAUGUACUUUAUAGGAGUGCGUUCCAGCCCAUUCUGGCAGCCAACAGGUUAAAUCACUUAAUAAACCUAUGAUUUUUUUUGUUUGCACCAGAAACCAUGUUUGAUAAAUCUAACCGUUUACAUGUUUCACUUUGAUCUGGUCUCAACAGCCACAGUGCCAGUUUGCUAUGUAAAAAAAUAAUAAUAAAGUGUGUCCUUGUGCGUCUCCUUUUACUAGCAACACCCAUUGUUUAUUUUUAUUGCUGUAUUAUUUGAAAAGAUGAGGCCCUCUGCUAUGUGCCAGAACAAGCCACAUGCAAUAAAAGUCUGUUUUACUUAUUGUUCAGGAA